AUGGCCGCCUCCACCAUGUCCGUCUGCUCCAGUGACCUGAGCUAUGACAGCCGGGUCUGCCUGCCCGGCUCCUGCGAUUCCUACUCCGACCCCUCCUGGCAGGUGGACGACUGCCCAGAGAGCUGCUGCGAGCCCUGCGGCGCCCCCAGCUGCUGCCAGCCCCGCGGCUGCGCCCCCGCCCCCUGCCUCACCUUCCUCUGCUCCCCAGCGGGCUGUGCGUCCAGCCCCUGCUGCCAGUCCGUCUGUGCCAGCUGCUGCACACCCUCCUGCUGCCGGCCUUCUAGCUGCCAGCCCUGCUGCUGCCCCUGCUCAGCCUGCCAGCCGUCCUGCUGCAUGCCCGUCUGCUGUAAGCCCGUCUGCUGUAAGCCGGUGUGCUGUGAGCCCGUGUGCUGCACACCCAUGUGCUGCAGACCCUUGUGCUGCACACCUGUGUGCUGUGAGCCCGUGUGCUGCAGGCCCGUGUGCUGCAGACCCGUGUGCUGUGAGCCCGUGUGCUGCGGGGCUUCCUCCUGCUGCUGCCAGCCGUCCAGCUGCCAGCCCUGCUGCCGCCCCUAUUACAUAAUGUCUACCAGCAUUCACAUUCAGUGA